AUGGAAGAUAGGUUGAGAGCUUGUGUUUGGACUUCAAGGGAGUUGGGUAUACCAUCUACCGUUGUUGGGGAUAAGGUGCACUUGGGUCCUGAGAUAGUUCAGGAGUCUAAUGAGAAGAUCACUACCAUUCGAGACAGGAUCCGUACUACACAGAGUAGACAGAAGAGUGAUGCUGAUUUGAAGAGAAGACCAGUGGAGUUUGAGUUGAGUGCUCAUGUGUUCUUGAAAGUCUCACCUAUGAAAGGUGUGGUGAGAUUUGGCAAGAAAGGGAAGUUGGCACCGAGAUAUGUUGGACCCUUUGAGAUUCUGGAUAGGGUUGGAAACUUGGCAUAUCUUCUUGCUUUAUCUGUUAGCAUGUCUGAAGUACACAAUGUCUUCCAUGUGUCUAUAUUGAGGGAGUAUAUUCAAGAUGAGUCCCACGUAAUUGAUCAUGGUACGAUUGAGGUAAACACGGAUGUAACCUUCGUGGUUGAACCUGUUCGUAUAUUGGAUAGGUCAACAAAACAGCUUCGUAGAAAGGAGGUUGAUCUUGUGAAGGUGAUGUGGAGUCAUCACGAUGAGGGUGAUGCAUCAUGGGAGUUGGAGUCUGACAUGAGGAAAAGGUAUCCUCAGCUAUUUGUCGACGAGUGUGCCUAA